UCGGCAGAAGUAAAAGAAGACUCACGAUUUCGAGCACGUGCACCGAGAGUACAUCGAUUUGUGGGACCAGGGCACAGAACUGGUGGAGGAUGAUCAGCAGCCUCACAGCAACGAGCAGUUUCGUGAGUACCUAGCUUGGUACUCCAGGGUGACACGCACGAGGCUACGGCAUUAGUGGACAGGAGUGGACUACGCUUACAUAGAGUCUUCGGAGGACGAGGACACCGUGUACGACCGUUCUACUCGGGAGGGCAGAGUUGUUGAGGAUGGACCUAUGUUCGAUCGUGUGUUGUUUUCAGGGGAACUCGUUGAGGCGAACAAUUGAAGACAUCGAGGGCUUUCCACGACGAAAUGUGAACGAGACCACACUUAACACAUUCUUGGAAAGAGUUGCAAAACGAUUACGCCGUGUUGCCAGCCGUCUUGGACGCAAGACUUCGGUGCAAAGGGACGUGCACGGCGUCAGCCACACCUUUCCAGGCGUUGGCACUUCUACACCCUCCGUUGCAACCUCAGCAGGACAGAGCUCGUCCCGUAAUACACAUGAUACUUUCGACUACGGCCCUGAGGAGAUUGGAAUGUCUCAGUUGCAGGAUGCUUCUUCGACACAGCAGACACAACCUCGUGUGCAGAGGCAACGCCGUCCUAAGAAACGGUACACUCCAGGUACGGAUGCUCUUGGAAAGGGCAAGACUAGGAGUAGCAAGCAGUGAGAGAUUAUUUGGGUUGUACAUAUAUACUUUAUGGACUGUCUGUUUGUGCUAUUUUGUUGUUUGAACACUAUGGACUGUUUCGACCGUUCGGAUUUCGAUUCUUUAUGAUUGUGGUACUUUACUUGUCAUUUGUUUUCAUGGAUA